GAUAUGGACUAGCUCUGAUCUUGAAGCUCACACUUGCCAACGCCAUUGUUCUCUUCUACUCGACACUAGUACUGUCUUUAAAUCCAGGUCUUUCCUCUACUACCACAUACCUAGACUUCCAAUCGAUAUGCCUCGCCAGUUCUUCGUCGGCGGAAAUUUCAAGAUGAACCCCAUCUCGCGGGAUCAGAAGCAAACUAUUAUCGGCGUCCUCAACUCUGCUGAUCUGGACACCGCGACUGAGAUCGUGGUUGCGCCCCCGUCGCUUUAUCUCAUCCCACUCAGAGACACGGUACGAACGGAACUACAGGUCUCCGCUCAAAACUGCUACUACAAAGACUCAGGAGCCUUUACUGGUGAAAUCAGUCCUGCGCAACUCGUUGAUGCCAAGAUCCCCUAUGUGAUUCUAGGCCACUCUGAACGCCGUUCCAUUUUCAACGAAACGUCUGAGCUCGUCGCUCAGAAGACUAAGGCUGCUUUGAAUGCGACACUGAAAGUCAUCCUUUGCGUUGGCGAAACCCUUCAAGAACGUGAAUUAGGGCAGACUGCCGCAGUCGUUGAGAAGCAGUUGCAGGCCGUCGUCAACGUUCUGCAGGAGAGCGACUGGAGCGGUGUCGUGAUCGCAUACGAACCUGUGUGGGCGAUUGGCACAGGCAAAGUUGCCACAUCCGCUCAAGCCCAGGAGGCUCAUGCGGAUAUCCGCCAGUUCCUCUCUAAGGCAGUGUCCCCUGCUGUGUCAGAGAAUACCAGAAUUAUUUAUGGAGGCAGUGUUACCGCUGCAAACUGCAAAGAGCUUUCUACUCAAUCCGAUGUAGAUGGUUUCCUUGUCGGAGGAGCUUCAUUGAAGCCAGAGUUUGUUGAUAUCAUCAACGCGAAGAGGAAUUAGCGGGUGUGAUGGCAUAGUGCACUGUAUAUCUUGUUUGAUUCAGGCAGUCAGAUAAACUCGUCAAUGAUGCUACUUGAAUUUGUGGAAUCAGUAUGUUGUGCAUGAGUACCAGUAUCUUUUGUCAGCCUAGACUCGGAUAGAAGUGGUUGGAACUAAAUGAUGUAAAUUCAUUUUC